GCCCUGUGUUGACGUGCCCCAAUGGGCUUUCCCCACAGGAACACCCACCAACCCCCUGUACGAUGAUCCCCCCUGCGAGCAGCACCCCUCCGGGAGAGGCCCUCUUCCCCGCUUUGGCCCCCCAGGACGUGUGGAGGACUCAGGUGUCGGGCUGCGCGGGGUCCCUGCCCCAGCACAUCAGCCACCGCGCCAACAACUUCAAGCGCCACCCCAAGAGGAGGAGGUGCAUCCGCCCCUCUCCUCCCCCACCCCCCAACACCCCGUGCCCCGCCGAUCUGGUGGGCUUCGGGGACCUGCACCCCCAGAGGUCCUUCCGGGAGCUGCUCUUCAACGGCUGCAUCCUCUUCGGCAUCGAGUUCAGCUACGCCAUGGAGACGGCCUACGUCACGCCGGUGCUGCUGCAGAUGGGCCUGCCCGACCAGCUCUACAGCCUCGUGUGGUUCAUCAGCCCCAUCCUCGGGUUCCUGCUGCAGCCGCUGCUGGGCGCUUGGAGUGACCGGUGUACCUCAAGGUUUGGAAGGAGACGCCCUUUCAUUCUUGCCCUGGCCAUAGGUCUGUUCGCACUGACAUCAAGGGCAAAGAGCAAACGCAAACCGAGCCCCAGCGGCUUCCUUGGGGGAACCCGAGCGCUGCCAGAGCAGUUCCCAGAGGCUUUCUUUUCUUUACGGCUCAGAAUAAAAGAGCAGCUGGCAGGGGAGGCUCGGGGAGAGGGACAGAGGGAGGGGGUGCAGCAGCACCUUCCCUUGCUGUUGACGCUGGACUGGCUGGACUGGAAGCAGCAGCGCUGGGACGCAGGUGGAGGUCCGAGUGUGCUGGGGACGCCCGUGGGCCCGAGACCAGUGCGCCGCCUGAGUCCCCGGCAGCGGCAGCCUGGGACACGAGGGCGAGCCGGGCGCGCCUCGGCGGCCACGUCUGCGGUGGAACCCAACGUGGGGUGGCCCGGGCAGGCGGCCCCCAGCCCCUCCGGUUCUGCAUGGCGUCUGGGCCUGCGGCGGCUGGGCUGCGUGCUCAGAAAGGCCACGCUCUCGCCCCGUGGACGCCGGACUCCGGCUCCGCUUCUCUCUGCAGGUCUGGGCGGGGGCUUCGGAUACGUGGUCGGGGGCAUCCACUGGGACAAGACCAGCUUCGGGAGCGCCCUGGGCGGGCAGCUGCGGGUCAUCUACGUCUUCACGGCCGUCACCCUGAGCAUCACCACCGUGCUGACCCUGGUCAGCAUCCCCGAGAGGCCCCUGCGGCCGCCCAGCGAGAAGCGGGCGGCCCUGAAGAGCCCCAGCCUGCCGCUGCCCCCCUCCCCGCCCACGCUGCUGGACGAAGGCGCCGGCGAGUCCCUGCCCAGCCACGCGGCCACCAGCCUGUACGCCAGCUUCUCGGGCCCCAUCUCCCCGCUCAGCCCCCUCACGCCCAAGUACGGCAGCUUCAUCAGCAGAGACAGCUCCCUGACGGGGAUCAACGAGUUCGCCUCGUCCUUCGGCACGGCCAACAUCGACAGCGUCCUCAUCGACUGCUUCACGGGCGGCCACGACAGCUACCUGGCCAUCUCCGGCAGCCUGCCGCGACAGGCCAUCAGUGCCAGCUUCCCCCGGGCCCCCGACGGCUUCUACGGGCCGGACGGUGGCCUCGGGGACCGGCGGGAGGGCGGCCUGAGCUCCGGCCCCGACGGCGACGUCCUGAGGGUGGGCUCCCUGGACACCUCCAAGCCCAGGUCGUCCGGGAUCCUGAAGCGGCCCCAGACCCUGGCGGUGCCCGACGCGGCGGGGGCCGGAGGCCCCGACACCAGCAGGCGAAGGAACGUGACCUUCAGCCAGCAGGUGGCCAACAUCCUGCUGACCGGCGUCAAGUACGAGAGCGAGCUGGCGGGCGCCGAGCCCGCGGCCCCCGCGCUGUCCCUGCGCCAGCUCUGCGCGUCCAUCUGCAGCAUGCCGCGGGCGCUGCGCAGCCUGUGCGUCAACCACUUCCUGGUCCUCCGGGAGGCCCCCUGGCCAGUCCAGCACAGAGCCCAGAGGCGCAGCGAGGGUGUCCACCCAGCAGGUGGUGCCCCGUCCAUGAACCUGGACAGGAACCUGGGGAGCAGGAAAUUUGCAGGGUCCAGUGCGGACGGCACCCGGCGGGGGAUGGGCGUGGACAUCUCUCUGCUGAGCUGCCAGUACUUCCUGGCCCAGAUCCUGGUCUCCCUGGUGCUGGGGCCCCUGACCUCGGCCGUAGGCAGCGCCAACGGAGUGAUGUACUUCUCCAGCCUGGUGGCCUUCCUGGGCUGCCUGUACUCCUCCCUGUGUGUGGUGUACGAGCUCCCUCCCAGCGACGCCGAGGAGGAGCGCCGGCCCCUGCUCCUCAACGUCUGACCGGGCCGGCCGGGCGGGCCCCCGGCGUGUGCAUAUGUGGUGACAAUAAAUGGCAGCAACAAGA